UAGUAGUGUGGUAGAUAAUGUGGUAGUGUGGUAGAGCGGCGGGUGCUGGAACCCUGGAGAUGUGUGUGACGUCACCGGCCAGGGAGCGCGGGGCCCUCAGUGGCUGUGUUUACUUCAACAUGGCGGAUAUUUACUACUUCACAGACGACGAGUCGGACAACAGUAAAGAUGAUGGGAGCGGAGGCGGCGGCGAGGGACCCGCCAUGGGCAUGGGCGGUCCUGAGGGCAUGGGCGGCCCAGCGUCCUCGGGCGGCGAAGGUAGCAGCGACGAGGAGGACGAGGAAGAGGAGGAGGAGGGAGGAGGAGGGGGCGGGGUGGAGGAGGAGGGGUGUGGCAGCGGGGAGGAAGAUGCCACCUCCGCCACCCCCCUCGCCCGCCUCCUCAAGUGCGCCCACUCCGACAACUACUUCGACAGUUUCUUGUCCCGCUGCAGACAAAUGGUGGCACGAAGUAUACAGGAGACACUGCGAGCAGUGGUGGCCAUCCCAGAUGACGUCCACUCUGUCUUGGAAAUAAUGGCAUCGCUCUCCUCAAAUGAUGAAGCUGCUGUACGGACAGAACUCAUGGAGCAGGUGCCUCAGAUUGCAGUCCUGUGCCAUGAGUAUCCAGACAAUUUAGGUGGUGUUGUGGCAAACAACUUGGUGCCUAUGGUUGUUAAAUAUCUCACAGAUCCAAACAAUCAGGUUCGGAAAACUUCCCAGGCAGCACUCUUGGUGUUGCUGGAACAGGAACUAGUAAGUCGAGACGACGUGCAUGACCAGGUGUGUCCUGUCAUACUUAACCUUACCAACACAGACGCCAUGGAUGACUUCAAAACCGAGGCAGUAGCGGUGAGUUAUUUGCAUCUUAAGACAUGAUUUCAGAACACACACACACUUACUCUUAGAUUAUUUAAGUGUAUUUACUAAGUAAUUAAUUAAGAUAUACUGUAAUUCAAAUGUAAUUACGAAGUGUACAAACAUGAGCAUGCUCUCACUCCCAUUCACUCACUAUGAAUUUCUGAAACGAGCAACUUCAAGAACAAGAGGACACCGAUUCAAGCUAUGGAAACAAAGGUGCCGAAGAAAUAUUAGUUUUCUUUUGCAAACAAUAGUAGUACAUGAAGUACUGUAGUAGAUGAUUGGAACAAGUUUAGUAAGGAGGUGGUGGAUGCCAAAACCGCCGGGGAGUUUCAAAGCGUUAUACGACAAAGACAGACAGAAUACCACGAGAGUAGCUCUCAUCCUGUAACUACACUUAGGUAAUUACAGUACAGUACUUAAGUAAUUACAUACACAAUUUAAAUGUGGAGGGCUGAGUAGACAGCGAUCAGAGUUCAUAGUCCUAAGGGGGCCCGGGUUCGAUUCCUGGCCGAGAAAGAAACAAAUGCAGUAGGUAGUUUUUCUUUUGCCCUGAUGCUGCUGUUCUCCUACCAGUAAAUACAUAUCUGGGAGUUACAGCUGCUAUGGGCCGCUUCCUGGGGAUGUGUGUAUAUUACACACAUCUUUCUCGAUAGAGAGAG